CCAAUGUUUUUUGCCUUCGUGAAGCAGUUCAUGCAGGAGACAGUACUGGGAGAAACCGGGAGAGAAGAGGAUCAGCUUAAUUAGAAACAUAUUUUUUCAAUGACUAGCAGCUCACCAUGGAUGUUUCUCACCUGCUUCUCACUUCUGUGCUCUUUCUACUGCCCUUCAUAGCACAAGUUUCAGCACAACAACCAGGAUGUUCUGCCUCUGAAAAUAAACCAAGCGUUGAAGAAAAUAAUCCUCCUGGAUACAAUGUGACCACUAUCAAUUCGGAAGCAGGUUUCACUGCAACGAUUGAUCCUUCCUCGUCAGAUGCCAGUUAUUUUACCAUUGAGGGGUCUCAGCUGCAGCUGGUCAAAAGUGUGGACUAUGAGACUGAUACUGCGCUGAUAGUGAAUGUGGUUUGCCGGGACACUUCUGGGCAGACAAACACUUUGGAAAUUAUUGUGAGCAUUACCAAUCUGAACGAUAACUCUCCAGUGUUUAAGCAAACAAGUCUCACCAUAACUGUUCCUGAGGACACAAAAGUGAAUGCAACCAUUAUACCCCGUGAAGAUUUAAGUGCUAGUGAUGCUGAUCUGGACAUCAUCUAUUAUGAACUCAAUUCAACAGUGCAGGACACCACCAAUUAUUUUGCCAUAAAAGGAAUCAAUAAUCCUGAAAUAUAUUUGCAAAAACAAUUAGAUUAUGAUAAACUUAACUCAACAACAUUGUUCUUGUAUGCAAGGGACAGUCCUGUGAGCAGAAAAGAAAUCACCCACACAGCUACUGCAACAAUAAACAUAAUUAUUGAGCAAGCUGACACCAAACCACCCUGGUUCCUACCCUGUAGCUUCAUUGACGGGGACAAAAGCAUUUGCAUCAGUAGCCCCUAUUCUGGAAGAGUCAAUAUAUCCGAGAUGUCGAAAGAACCACUCACCCUGGAUCCAGGGCCCAUCUAUGCUAAAGAUCCGGACUACACUAUAAAUGAAAAAAUUGUGUACAGUAUAGUUGGUGGGAAUGUGGAUAAUACAUUCUCAGUGGAUGCGGACACAGGAAAUCUAACUAUGAACAAAGUAGCUACUUCCCCAGACUCGUACCUACUGCAGGUCAUGGCCGCCCAAGUCAACAACAAACAGAAAUACUCCAUAGUCAGUGUGGAGAUUAAGGUCAUCAAUAAAAGUGACAAUGCACCAUACUUUGAGCACAGUAGCUACACAGGAAUAGCAUCUGUUGGUGCGGCCCCAAAAAGCCUUGUCUUCCAAGCUAAGGAUCCUUCAAGUCCCCUGAUGAUAAAAGCAGAAGAUGAUGACUUCCCUGAUAAAUUCAACCCAAACAUUGAAUACUACAUAAAAAACAGCACUAACUUUGUUGCAACCAGAGAUGGACUCAUCCUGACCAAUGUCAAUCUGCUGUCACCAGAGACUGUAAUCAUGGAGGCUGUUGCAAAAGAUACAGUGAGUCUGCAGGAGGCGAGCACCAUCAUCGUGGUGGAGAUUGUCUUUACUGCUACAGGAUGUUCUGCCUCUGAAAAUAAACCAAGCGUUGAAGAAAAUAAUCCUCCUGGAUACAAUGUGACCACUAUCAAUUCGGAAGCAGGUUUCACUGCAACGAUUGAUCCUUCCUCGUCAGAUGCCAGUUAUUUUACCAUUGAGGGGUCUCAGCUGCAGCUGGUCAAAAGUGUGGACUAUGAGACUGAUACCGUGCUGAUAGCGGAUGUGGUUUGCCGGGACACUUCUGGGCAGACAGACACUUUUCAAAUUAUUGUGAGCAUUAUCAAUCUGAACGAUAACACUCCAGUGUUUAAGCAAACAAGUCUCACCAUAACUCUUCCUGAGGACACAAAAGUGAAUGCAACCAUUAUACCCCGUGAAGAUUUAAGUGCUAGUGAUGCUGAUCUGGACAACAUCUAUUAUGAACUCAAUUCAACAGUGCAGGACACCACCAAUUAUUUUGCCAUAAAAGGAAUCAAUAAUCCUGAAAUAUAUUUGCAAAAACAAUUAGAUUAUGAUAAACUUAACUCAACAACAUUGUUCUUGUAUGCAAGGGACAGUCCUGUGAGCAGCAAAGAAAUCAUCCACACAGCUACUGCAACAAUAAACAUAAUUAUUGAGCAAGCUGACACCAAACCACCCUGGUUCCUACCCUGUAGCUUCAUUGACGGGGACAAAAGCAUUUGCAUCAGUAGCCCCUAUUCUGGAAGAGUCAAUAUAUCCGAGAUGUCGAAAGAACCACUCACCCUGGAUCCAGGGCCCAUCUAUGCUAAAGAUCCGGACUACACUAUAAAUGAAAAAAUUGUGUACAGUAUAGUUGGUGGGAAUGUGGAUAAUACAUUCUCAGUGGAUGCGGACACAGGAAAUCUAACUAUGAACAAAGUAGCUACUUCCCCAGACUCGUACCUACUGCAGGUCAUGGCCGCCCAAGUCAACAACAAACAGAAAUACUCCAUAGUCAGUGUGGAGAUUAAGGUCAUCAAUAAAAGUGACAAUGCACCAUACUUUGAGCACAGUAGCUACACAGGAAUAGCAUCUGUUGGUGCGGCCCCAAAAAGCCUUGUCUUCCAAGCUAAGGAUCCUUCAAGUCCCCUGAUGAUAAAAGCAGAAGAUGAUGACUUCCCUGAUAAAUUCAACCCAAACAUUGAAUACUACAUAAAAAACAGCACUAACUUCGUUGCAACCAGAGAUGGACUCAUCCUGACCAAUGUCAAUCUGCUGUCACCAGAGACUGUAAUCAUGGAGGCUGUUGCAAAAGAUACAGUGAGUCUGCAGGAGGCGAGCACCAUCAUCGUGGUGGAGAUUGUCUUUACUGCUACAGGAUGUUCUGCCUCUGAAAAUAAACCAAGCGUUGAAGAAAAUAAUCCUCCUGGAUACAAUGUGACCACUAUCAAUUCGGAAGCAGGUUUCACUGCAACGAUUGAUCCUUCCUCGUCAGAUGCCAGUUAUUUUACCAUUGAGGGGUCUCAGCUGCAGCUGGUCAAAAGUGUGGACUAUGAGACUGAUACCGUGCUGAUAGCGGAUGUGGUUUGCCGGGACACUUCUGGGCAGACAGACACUUUUCAAAUUAUUGUGAGCAUUAUCAAUCUGAACGAUAACACUCCAGUGUUUAAGCAAACAAGUCUCACCAUAACUCUUCCUGAGGACACAAAAGUGAAUGCAACCAUUAUACCCCGUGAAGAUUUAAGUGCUAGUGAUGCUGAUCUGGACAACAUCUAUUAUGAACUCAAUUCAACAGUGCAGGACACCACCAAUUAUUUUGCCAUAAAAGGAAUCAAUAAUCCUGAAAUAUAUUUGCAAAAACAAUUAGAUUAUGAUAAACUUAACUCAACAACAUUGUUCUUGUAUGCAAGGGACAGGCCUGUGAGCAGCAACGAAAUCACCCACACAGCUACUGCAACAAUAAACAUAAUUAUUGAGCAAGCUGACACCAAACCACCCUGGUUCCUACCCUGUAGCUUCAUUGACGGGGACAAAAGCAUUUGCAUCAGUAGCCCCUAUUCUGGAAGAGUCAAUAUAUCCGAGAUGUCGAAAGAACCACUCACCCUGGAUCCAGGGCCCAUCUAUGCUAAAGAUCCGGACUACACUAUAAAUGAAAAAAUUGUGUACAGUAUAGUUGGUGGGAAUGUGGAUAAUACAUUCUCAGUGGAUGCGAACACAGGAAAUCUAACUAUGAACAAAGCAGCUACUUCCCCAGACUCGUACCUACUGCAGGUCAUGGCCGCCCAAGUCAACAACAAACAGAAAUACUCCAUAGUCAGUGUGGAGAUUAAGGUCAUCAAUAAAAGUGACAAUGCACCAUACUUUGAGCCCAGUAGCUACACAGGAAUAGUAUCUGUUGGUGCGGCCCCAAAAAGCCUUGUCUUCCAAGCUGAGGAUCCUUCAAGUCCCCUGAUGAUAAAAGCAGAAGAUGGUGACUUCCCUGAUAAAUUCAACCCAAACAUUGAAUACUACAUAAAAAACAGCACUAACUUCGUUGCAACCAGAGAUGGACUCAUCCUGACCAAUGUCAAUCUGCUGUCACCAGAGACUGUAAUCAUGGAGGCUGUUGCAAAAGAUACAGUGAGUCUGCAGGAGGCGAGCACCAUCAUCGUGGUGGAGAUUGUCUUUACUGCUACAGAUAAAAUCACCUCUGAUAAGUUAUACACUGCACAGGAUAUGGGUAUCUUAGGUGGUAUCUUAGCAGCACUGUUGCUGAUUACCUUAAUCUUCCUUGGACUGAUGAUAUACAAACAUUAUGGGACUACGGUCAAAUUCCUAAUAAAUAAAAAGUUCUCCAAGGAUUUCCCUGAGAGCUAUGAGAACCAAGCUUACAAUCAAGAUGAACACCCAGAUCUGAGUGCCAAAGAGCAGAAGAGCUCAGAAAAUGGUGGUAUAACUGAGCUACAGCAGCCAUCGUUUUUCUUGUCCUCUUCUAAAGAAGAAAUAGAUGGCCUCCCAAAGACUUCCACAGCUUCCACAGUCGUCUUUGACGUGGAAGAGAAAGAGGAAGAGGAAAACGAAGAGGAAGAGGUGAAAGAAGACACUAAGCAUGAGAAAGAAGUAAAGUCUAUCCUCAAAACAGACAGGAAUGAGGGGGAUCAUGGCUACAAAGCUGUGUGGUUUAAGACCGAUGUGGAUCCAGAUGCUGGAGAAAAGGUUGAAGUGAUUAAGGACAAUGCAUCAGAUUAUGAUGAUGACAGUGAUCAAGAUCUGCAGGAGAAUGAGGAGGAAGAAGAUGACAAGGAUGAUCACCACAGAGGGUCAGGGGCUGCAGAAGUGAUGAUUAACAUGUCUCGCACAGCGUCACAAGAUAGCAUUAUUGUGUAAUGGAAAUAAGCCUGUAUGCUCCCCACUGAAAUCAGGGAAUCUCUGCUGCUUUGCUGAGAUGGAGCCCACCUUUCUGCUUGGGGCUAACUGGAAUGCAGGAGGACACAGUUGCCUCUCCUGCAUGCAGAGAUUAAAGCCAGAUUACAAUUAAUUUAACUUCUUAACAAGACCUUGAAACACCACAUGGGAUUUUGGAUGGGGAAAACAUGUCUCAUCUCUCCACCCUUCUGCCUGUUUGCCCUGGAGUCCCCUACAUCACAUUUCCCAUACUGGCUGCAGGAAUAGCAGAGAUAUAGCUACACUGACUUUGAAGCAGUUAACUCAGCUCAUGGUAGCAAUUUAAUUGCACAAUCCAAUGCCCUCAUCUCCGCCUGGUGGGUAACUGAGCCAGCACUGACUGCUUGGCUGUUCCUGUUAGGGUGGUUGCAGGUUGAUGCCAGCUGCAGGGCAUAAGCCAGCACAAGUCACUCUGCAGUUGCUCAUAUGACUGCAUCCAGGAGCACACAUCAGGGCUUGGCUAUGCUCUCUGCACCCCAGCACAAGCAACUGGCAUGACAUUCAAGGAGACUGGGAGCAGCAGGAGUGCCACAACAGGUCACCUUUUUGCCAGUAAGCGGGUGUUCAAAUGCUCGGGAGCUGCUGUUUCUUCCAUCAAUGAUAAGCAAGGACGGAUCACAUGCUCUUUCCUAAGGACUUUGCCACACAUUUUUCUAUGUCACAAGACAACUAAUCGUGCUGUACCUUGUGGGCCAGAUAAGAGCUUCUGCCAGAACCUGCCGACAAAAUGCCAGGGGUAUUUCCAGCUCCCAGGGAUUUUGGCAGCAAUAGAUAUCAUUCUGGGGUGCUGGAUGUAGGUCAGCACGUUGCUUCCCAUUGUGUCCUUUGUGCAGCAGGACUCGAGGUAUCCCUUAUAAAAGGGACUUCAUUGUCACUGAAAGUGGAAGGUCAGCAUUUGCUUCCAAGUGCCUGACAUCACUGCCUUCUCUGCCCCUCACUUGUGGAUGCAAGCCUCUUUGCAUUCCCACCUUUCUCCAUUCAUGAGAAGCCCAGCAGGCUCUUUUACUGGUGAAAUACAAUCUUCAGGAUUCACCGAGGGCUGAGCUGUAGCCUGAAAAAGGAGGUAGUUCGCUGAGAGCAAGUAAUCUCUGCCGUGUGUGGCUUUUGAGCCUAGGUUUGUGCUAGAAAGGCUGCUAACAUGAUGGACUCCUCCCUCAAUCCUCCCUCAUCUUUCAGCAAUCUUGUCUUCAGCUGUGGUCCUGCCAUCAGUUCAGCAAAGAUAAUACGCCAUUGCCUGGCAGCAUGGGGAUUGGUACUUCAGUCCAGAUUCACAACAGCAAAUUGCUUCUCCCAGCUGGCAAUCAAAAACCGGGAUGUUUUCCACUGACUGAGAACAUGGCCGUUUGCAUUUGAAUCUUCUGAUCUAUCAACACAAAAUUUGUGCUGCUGCUGGUUUUCCACUGGGGGGCUAGCUCAGGGCAGAUGCGGGCUGUGGAGCAUUAAACUUUCAGUAAGACAGGGACGAUAAACCUGGGUCACAAAUCUUUAUCUCACUUGCUCAGGUUAGCACAACAGCACAGAACUGUAACAUUAUAAGUGUCCUUUGAGAGAAGCAACAACAAUAAGUACUCCUGCCUUUGCCCUGCAGGGCAAAUCUCCACAUUUCUUCCUUUAAUCUAGAUAAACCCUUAAGAGAGUGAAACCAAAAUACGUCUGCCGGGAUUCUCAUCUACACCAAAACACAGGACAAUCACUUCUGAGCAGGCUUUCAUCUAGGUUUAUACUUUGUUUCUGUACAUCUCCCCAUCCCAGUGUUGUUAGUGCUCAUCUCUGUUGUCCUGUCUCUGAGGAGAGCUAACCUCGCUGUGUGUGGACUUCAGGAGCUGCACUUUUGCUGAAGGUGGAGACUGAGAUAUGGAAAGCUUUCGUCCUUACUGCAAUAAAGCUAUUUGCCCAGAAA